UUUCGUCAAAUUCGCAAUAUCUGUUUCCCGAAGAAAAUUGCUCCGCCAUGGCCAAAGGCAAAGCUCCGAGGAGAGCUAUCGAGUCUUAUACACUUAGGCAAAUCAAUAAGACAAUUAAAGCGGGGGAUUGCGUGUUGAUGCGACCAGCGGAGCGAUCGAAACAGCAAUACGUGGCGAGAAUCGAACGGAUCGAGGCGGACACACGUGGGGGAAACGUGAAGGUACACGUGAAGUGGUAUUAUCGGCCGGAGGAGUCGAUCGGAGGCAGGAGGCAGUUCCACGGUUCUAAGGAGAUUUUCUCCUCUGAUCAUUACGACGUGCAAAGCGUUGAUACCAUUGAAGCGAAGUGUACGGUUCAUAGCUUCAAAAGCUAUACCAAGCUUGAUGCUGUUGGAAACGAAGACUACUUCUGUCGUUUCGAGUACAAUUCCUGCACCGGUGCUUUCAAUCCUGAUCGUGUGGCCGUUUACUGCAAAUGUGAGAUGCCUUACAAUCCUGACGAUCUAAUGGUUCAGUGCGAAGGCUGCAGUGACUGGUUUCACCCUGCUUGUAUAGAAAUGACGGAAGAGGAGGCGAAAAGGCUUGAUCACUUCUUCUGUGAAACUUGUUUACCUGAAGGUCAGAAGAAGUUGCGGAAUUCCCAUGCCAAUUCCAGACACUCGAAUACAAAGGUGGAUACAAAACGGCUACGGAGGUGAAGAAGGGUACAUAAGCCUAGUGCUUUUUGUCAAGAGAAUGGAGUGGUUUUCUAAAUGAUGGCCGAGUUUAUACUGACUCACUGGUUUGAAAACCUUCUGUCCUGAUUAUAGGGUUUGGGGCCAGUCAGU